UCCUUCCCUCUCUCUCUCUCUCUCUCUCUCUCUCUCUCUCUAAUUCAUCGUGUUUACGUUGCAGAGCUUCUCUCUCCCUCCUCUCCCCACUCUCUCUCUCUCUCUCUCUUUCUCUCUCAUUCGCUGUUCGGAGAAGAAGAGCUCUCGCACCCCACAGCUCUCUCCUCAGAUUCAUUCGAUCGGCAGGCACAUGACUCUGAUGACUCCUUCGCCGUUGGAUCAGGAGGACGACGAGAUGCUGGUCCCCCACAGCGAGUUCCCCGACGGCCCUCAGCCCAUGGAAGCUCAAGCAGAAACUGCAAAUACAGUGGAUACACAGGCAGCCGAUGAUCCUCCUUCUGGGAGGUUCACGUGGACAAUUGAAAACUUCUCAAGGCUUAAUACCAAGAAGCUUUACUCUGAUAUUUUCGUUGUUGGAGGAUAUAAAUGGCGGAUACUUAUUUUCCCGAAAGGGAACAAUGUGGAUCAUUUGUCUAUAUAUCUUGAUGUUGCGGACUCAGCAACACUUCCAUAUGGUUGGAGCAGAUAUGCUCACUUCAGCUUAGCUGUUAUAAAUCAGAUUCAUAACAAAUUUUCAGUUAGAAAAGAGACGCAGCACCAGUUCAAUGCACGGGAAAGUGAUUGGGGUUUCACUUCUUUUAUGGCUCUGGGUGAACUGUACAACCCAGGCAGAGGUUAUCUAGUGAAUGAUACGUGCAUUAUUGAAGCUGACGUUGCAGUCCGUAGGAUUGUUGAUUACUGGUCGCACGAUUCGAAGAAGGAGACUGGUUAUGUUGGUCUUAAAAAUCAAGGAGCAACUUGUUACAUGAAUUCCCUCCUUCAGACGCUGUAUCAUAUACCUUACUUCAGAAAAGCUGUGUAUCAUAUGCCAACAACUGAAAAUGAUAUGCCAUCUGGGAGCAUUCCUUUGGCUUUGCAGAGUCUAUUCUAUAAGCUCCAGUAUAGUGAAACUAGUGUGGCAACAAAGGAAUUGACAAAGUCCUUUGGAUGGGACACUUAUGACUCAUUCAUGCAGCAUGAUGUACAGGAGCUUAAUAGGGUUCUUUCUGAAAAGCUUGAAGAUAAGAUGAAGGGGACAGUUGUGGAGGGUACUAUACAACAGCUGUUUGAAGGGCAUCACAUGAACUACAUUGAGUGCAUCAACGUGGAUUACAAAUCAACCAGAAAGGAGUCAUUUUAUGAUCUCCAGCUUGACGUGAAGGGCUGUCGAGAUGUAUAUGCAUCUUUCGACAAAUAUGUAGAAGUGGAACGGCUUGAAGGUGAUAAUAAGUAUCAUGCUGAACAGCAUGGCUUACAGGAUGCUAAGAAGGGUGUCCUGUUCAUCGAUUUUCCACCUGUACUUCAGCUUCAGCUGAAAAGGUUUGAGUAUGAUUUUAUGCGGGACACAAUGGUUAAGAUAAACGAUCGCUAUGAAUUCCCUUUACAACUUGAUCUAGACAGAGAGAAUGGCAAGUACCUGUCACCCGAGGCAGAUCGCAGUGUUCGCAACCUUUACACACUUCAUAGUGUUUUGGUUCACAGUGGAGGCGUGCAUGGAGGACACUAUUAUGCUUACAUUAGGCCGACUCUCUCUGAUCAGUGGUUCAAGUUCGACGAUGAGAGGGUGACAAAGGAAGAUGUGAAGAGGGCUUUGGAGGAGCAGUACGGUGGGGAAGAAGAGUUGCCACAGACAAAUCCGGGUUUCAACAAUUCUCCAUUUAAAUUCACAAAAUAUUCGAAUGCAUAUAUGCUAGUGUAUAUACGAGAAAGCGACAAGGAUAAAAUAAUCUGCAAUGUGGACGAGAAGGACAUAGCUGAGCACCUAAGGAUACGGUUGAAAAAAGAACAAGAAGAAAAGGAGAAAAAGAGAAAGGAAAAGGCUGAAGCACACCUGUAUACGAUCAUUAAGGUUGCAUGUAAUGAGGACCUAGUUGAACAGAUUGGCAAAGAAAUAUAUUUUGAUCUGGUGGAUCAUGACAAAGUUCGCAGUUUUCGGGUUCAAAGGCAGAUGGCAUUUAACCAGUUCAAGGAAGAGGUGACUAAAGAAUUUGGAAUACCAGUUCAAUUUCAGCGAUUCUGGCUUUGGGCAAAGCGCCAAAAUCAUACCUACCGUCCAAAUCGACCUUUGACUCCCCAGGAAGAAGCACAGUGUGUUGGACAGUUGAGAGAAGUGUCAAAUAAGGCGAACAAUGCUGAACUGAAGUUGUUUUUGGAAGUAGAACUCGGAUUGGAUAUGCGACCUUUACCACCUCCAGAGAAGACCAAAGAAGAUAUUCUUCUUUUCUUCAAGCUUUAUGAUCCUGCGAAAGAAGAACUCCGGUAUGUUGGGAGGCUUUUCAUAAAGAUAAAUAGUAAACCAGGGGAGAUACUGGCUACGUUAAAUGAGAUGGCUGGCUUUGCCCCUGAUGAAGAGAUUGAUCUUUAUGAGGUCAGUUAUCCUUGUCUGCUGGAUACACUGUUUAAACUACCAUUCCUUUUGCUCCCUCAUUCUUUGUGCCCCCAUACCCCCACCAACCCCCUCGUUGCUCCUUCGCUUUAUGGCAUUUGGUAUUUGCGACGGUCAUUAGUAACAAGCUCUGCUGUGCAGGAGAUCAAGUUUGAGCCUAAUGUUAUGUGCGAACCAGUUGAUAAGAGGAUGACAUUUCGGGGUAGUCAGCUAGAAGAUGGGGACAUCAUAUGCUUUCAGAAGACUGUUCGAGCUGGUGAACAGUAUCGUUAUCCUGAAGUCCCGAUGUACAUGGAGUAUGUGCACAAUCGACAGGUUGUCCGGUUUCGAUCACUGGAGAAGCCCAAAGACGAUGAAUUCUCGCUUGAGCUGUCAAAGACUCAUAACUAUGAUGAUGUUGUGGAGAGAGUGGCUGCCCAUCUGGGCCUAGACGAUCCUUCAAAGAUACGGCUAACACCGCACAACUGUUACUCCCAGCAACCUAAACCUCAACCAAUUAAGUACCGUGGAGUGGAACGUUUAGCUGACAUGCUCGUCCACUAUAAUCAGACUUCGGAUAUUCUGUAUUAUGAGGUGUUAGACAUCCCUCUUCCGGAACUUCAGGGUUUGAAAACUCUGAAAGUUGCUUUCCAUCAUGCGACCAAGGAUGAAGUGGUUAUUCAUACCAUAAGAUUGCCAAAGUACAGCACAGUAGGAGAUGUGAUUAAUGAUCUUAAGUCAAAGGUUGAGUUGUCUCAUCCAAAUGCCGAACUGAGGUUACUGGAAGUUUUCUAUCACAAAAUUUACAAGAUUUUCCCACUAAAUGAGAAGAUAGAGAACAUUAAUGAUCAGUACUGGACGUUGCGAGCAGAGGAGAUCCCAGAAGAGGAGAAAAAUCUUGGCCCUCAUGAUCGUUUAAUCCACGUAUAUCAUUUCAUGAAGGAUCCUGCUCAGAACCAGGUUCAGAAUUUUGGAGAACCAUUUUUCCUGGUAAUCCAUGAAGGCGAGACCUUAGCUGAAAUUAAAGUUCGCAUACAGAAAAAGCUGCAGGUUCCUGAUGAAGAGUUUGCAAAGUGGAAGUUUGCAUUCUUGUCAAUGGGCCGCCCUGACUAUCUUGAAGAUAACGAGAUUUUGUCUGCUCGUUUUCAGAGGAGAGAUGUGUAUGGGGCUUGGGAGCAGUAUCUGGGACUGGAGCACGCGGACAAUGCUCCUAAAAGAUCUUACGCUGUCAAUCAGAACCGCCACACAUUCGAGAAGCCAGUGAGAAUCUACAAUUAGGUGCAGUCACAUUUCUUUGGCCCAAAUCCGAUAGAUACCGUUAGCAAAGAAGCAGCUGUGGAACUUGGAAAAGGUGAAAAGCUCGCCCUCCCUAUUCAUCAAGAGCUUUAGAAAGUGUUGUGAGAUGUUCGAGUAGAAUUGCUUCGGUGGCCGGACGAUUAGUUAAGGUUUCUCUACUCUGCGAAUUCUGUUAUCUCAGAACCCGAAGUUGUCUCUCGCCUCAACCCUCAGGGGGCACCCGAUCUUUGAGGCGAAGUUGGUGGGAGUCUGUCAUGUUGUGGCCUAUAGUUGUAAUUUGCCAGAGAGGAAAAGAUACAAAUUUUGGGGUGGGUGAUGUAUAGGGAGUAUAGUUUGCGUCUUUCUCAUUUGUUUUCUUUCUCUUCCUUUUCCCUCUCUUCUCUGAUUCUUUAUAUGUGUAUUAGGAAAAAUUGAGGGGGACUCUUCUUUUUUUUUUUCCUUCCUUUUUUGCCCCUUAUAGAAUGCUGCUCCUCUUAAGAGUAUUUGCUGGUCCGUGCCCUGAGGCCAAGUCCGAGAUCCAGAGGGCUUGACAUCCUCUGCAGCUAGCUGUCUGUUGGGGGGUUUUGCUCGCUUCCCUGCCCCUCGUUAAAUAAGUAUUUCGCGGUUCCUGGAUCUGUCAAUUCUCGAACAGUGCUUGUUGUAAUAGUUGAUUUUGCGACACGAUUGUUAAUUUGAUCAUCCCUUGGCUCAGUUUUUCGUUUUU